AUGCUGCAGCAUGACAAGCCUCCAUUCCUCUCCUUGUGUUCUUUGCUGUGUGCAGGUGCCUCAGAUGCCACCAUACAGCCUUGUCCACAUGCCUCGGAAGCUGCCACAGGGCUGCAUCCGGAUACCUCGGAUGCCACCAGAGAGCCGUGUCCAGGUGCCCCGGAUGCGGCCGUAGAGGCUUGUCCACGUGCCCCGGAUGCGGCCGUAGAGCCUUGUCCAUGUGCCCCAGAUGCCGCUGUAGAGCUGUGUCCAAGUGUGUCGGAUGCCACCACACAGCCUUGUCCACAUGCCUCGGAAGCUGCCGCAGGGCUGCGUCCAGAUACCUCGGAUGCCACCAGAGAGCCGUGUCCAGGUGCCCCGGAUGCAGCCUUAGAGCCUUGUCCAAGUGCCUCGGAUGCUGCCAUAGACCCUUGUCCAUGUGCCUCGGUCGCCACUGAAGAGCUGUGUCCUGAUGCCCUCACCGUGGCGCCGCAGGCAGCCGCGGGCGACCCGCAACGCGCGUUCCGCCGCCGCUGGGCCAAGGUGCAGCUGUACACGCACGCACUGUGCGGCAUGGGCGUGGCGGGCGCGGCCGCGUCUAUCAGCCUGCCCAUGAUCCUGCACUGCGUCAGCUCCCAGCUGCUCAAGCACUGGUGCCUCACCGUGAGCUUCUUCGACGAGGAAGACCGCGACCGCAUCUGGCUCUGCGACUUCGCCAACUCCCUCAGCUUCAAGCUGGCCAGCGCAGGGGCCUGGCAUCCGCGGAAAGGCGAACGCAUUAACUACAUGGCGCGUCCAGUCAGCAAGCAGGCGCUGCGGAAGGGUAAGAUGAUGGAGCGCAAGUUCUAUCUGGGCACCAUACAGAUCUCGGAGUUCGAGCUGCAGGCCAUCUGCAGCACCAUGAGGCACAACGGCAAGAAGUACCACCCGCUAGCCAGGAACUGCCAGGACUGCUCCAAGGACCUCUGCCGCCGCCUCGGCCUCUCGCCGGGUGUGGCCAACGACCACCUGCUGGUCUUCCUCUGUCCGCCACUGGCGCUCCUGAUAGAGCUCCUUAGUUCCUCCUACAAUGCGGCCACUAAAUUCGCAGCCUCCAAAAGCACAAAUGCAUUCCAACAAGAAGAAAUGUAACAGUUCCUUACCUAGCGCAACGGGGUUCGUGAUUCUUGCGUAAAUAAUAUUAUGUUAAAACCUUUAUCACGUAUUGUCACAAUGUUCUGAGGAUGAAUACAUUUUCUAUAGUAAACUCAGGUAUUACUGAAGAGGAUUUCUAACUUGAAGCUUAGCAUUUGUUUAAGGUGGAACGUAAAACCCACAGGUCAGCUUCUCGCUUGUAGAGCUCUACCUGUUGAGCAAUCUGGAUCUGGCUGAAGGGGACCUGCUAAGUUUCAGUUCUACAUUCCGGAAUUCCAAAGAUUCUCAUUAGUUGACCAAACCUAACGCUGAUAAUAAUUAGUCAGUCUGUUAGUGACAAAGAGUGAGGGAUCUAACACAACGUGCAAAAAACUUUUUUGUGUGGACUCAUAAAUGUUUAAUUUGUACUCUUUUUCUUAAAAAAUAUGAACUG